AUGGUCGAACGGCGGAGAGAGCGGCAGCAGCAAAACACCGAAACGCACUCAAGCGCGUACGUCGCCUGCUAUUUCCCCAGAGCCGCGUCCUACAAGGCGCGCUUCGGCUUGAAGUCCAACACGCUCCGAGCCGUCAUCCCGUUGGCGCUAGUCGUCGUGGGCAGCGCUGUCGCGCUGUGGUCGCUGGGCUUGUCGUUCAAGAGCGCGCUCCUCAACAUCCAGCCGGUCGCAUCGCGCAUCGGGAGCUCCGCGUUCGAUGCUGAUGGGACAAUCGGCGCCGCUGGGGGUAGAGAUAUGAAUGCGCUGUCGGCCGACCAGCUAGCCAUUGCGCUCAGUCUCAGGCAGCUGGGGAAACCGCGGGAGUCAGUAAGCAUAACGAGCCGUGUUGACGACGAGACGCCUGGUGGUAGUAACGCGCAAGACGCGGAGGCGGGAGCUUCGACGCGAGCGGCUGAUGAUGCGGCGACGCGCGGAGACGAAGGGGCUCGGGGAGAAGGAAAGGAAGGUGAUGUGGAGCAGAACGGAGAGAUGAUUACCGCUGCUGCUGGUGGGAUAGCAGAAGGGACUGGAGGAGGGACGGGCGCAGAGAUGGAAGGGGAAAGGCAAGCGGAAGAAAUAAAGGAGGAGGGUGAGAGCGGGGAUGCGGAUGGCGCAGCGGAAGAUGCUGCGGAGCCUGUCGAGUACCGCCCGCCCACCGCUAUCGGUAAACUUCCAAAGCCAGGCUCGCGACGAGCAGUAGCGCUACGAAACAUUCUUCAGUUGGACAUCGUCGUCACUAACACCACCGCCGGCGGCGACAAGUCCAAGGCGAGCAUGCUCGUGCCCGCGCGCCCUGCUAGCGCGUCCAAGCCGCAAGACGGCUUCCAGGCGCUGCGCGCGUGGCUGUCUAAGCAGAAGAAGCGGGCGCUGCGCGACGAGUCCACCUCCGGCCGCCGCGGCGCGGGCAAGCUGCGCCUGGGUUUAGUGAACCUCGACGCAGCGGACACGAAGAGCGCGCGCGCGCGUUUCCCCGAGGCGGAGUUCCGCCCGUUGCCGUUCUCCGCGCCUCCCGCGGAUUUGACAUGGGCGCAGCUAUUUCCCGAGUGGAUUGACGAGAAAAACCGCAAGCCAUGCCCCGCGCUGCCCUGGCCGCAAUGGGCGGGGCCCGGCAACGGCACCGUCAUGUGGCCUGAUAACGAGGCUGACAUUAACGGAUCUGACAAAGCGGGCGACGGCGAGGAGAGCGCAGGUCGUGCGGGGAGCGAGGUGGGCGGGGACGGCGCGGCGUGGAGCGUGCGGGAGGAGCAUGAGGUGGACGCGCUGAUCGUGCGCGUGCCGUGCGAAGGGCUGUCCGUGUUCAACGCGUCGUGGGCCAGAGACGUGGCGCGCCACCACCUGCUGCUGCUCGCCGCUUCCGGCCUUGCUGCCCAGUCGCAAGUCACGGAGUUCCCCGUGCUGCUGCUAACGCACUGCCUGCCUCCGCCCAACAUCUUCCACUGCACCCACCUCGUCGCCUCCGUCGCCGCCUCCUGGCUCUUCGCCAUCCCGCCCCCCGUCAUGCGCGCGCGCCUGCGCAACGCGCCCAUCGGCACCUGCCAGCUUUAUCCCAUGCCGCCCCGCCUGCCCCCCGCCACUUCCCCUGCGCCACAGCCGGGCACGGAGAAGCAGGCGUGGGCGACGGUGCUGCACUCGAGCGACAAGUACAUUUGCGGCGCGCUCGCGCUCGCGCGCAGCCUCCGGCGCGUGGGCACGCGGCACGAGAUGGUGGCGUUCGUGUCGAAGGAGGUGUCGCAGCGCGCGCAGCGCAGCCUGGCUCUGGCGGGGUGGAAGGUGGUUGCGGUCGGCCGCAUGCGCAGCAACUUCAAGGCCAGUAGCAACUAUUGCAAGUACAACCACAGCAAGCUGCGGCUGUGGCAGAUGGCGCAGUACAGCAAGCUCAUCUUCCUGGACACGGACAUGCUGGUGCUGCGCAACCUGGACCACCUGUUCGCCAUGCCCGAGCUCACGGCCGUGAGCAACAACCAGUUCCAGUUCAACGGCGGGCUGCUCGUCGUCGACCCCUCGCCCUGCACCUUCGCCAUGCUCAAGGACGCGCUCGCGCUCUUCCAGACCUACAACGACUGCGAGCAGGGGCUGCUGAACGAGCUGUACCCGUGGUGGCACCGCCUGCCGCAGUCCACCAACUUCCUCAAGUUUGCCUGGUCCAGCAAACCCGAGCACCUGGCGCAGCGCCGUGCAACUCUAUCAGCGCAGCCGCCGGUGGUGGACAUGGUGCACUAUCUGGGCGCCAAGCCCUGGUACUGCUACCGUGACUUCGACUGCAACCUGCUCAGCACUGAGCGCCAGUUUGCAGACGACCUCGCGUUUGAGAUGUGGUGGAAGGUGCACGAUGAGAUGAGCGAGGAGGAGCAGCAGCAGUGCUGGAUGCCCACUUGGACCAAGGCUGCUCUGCGUGCCGCCAUGGAGAAGAUGAGGCUCCUUAAGGAAGACCCGAGGCUGUGGAAUGUGACUAUCAAGGAUCCGAGGGACAAUAAGUGCCGGGAUUGGGAGGAGAAGUACUCGUGCGAUUGGCGGGCGAUGCAGUCUGUGCUGGAUGAGCCAAAGCACUUCCGAUUCUAG